UUUGAAGGUUGAGAGCGGACGUGCUUCUUCUUAUUGAGGCUAGUUUGACAUUGAUUCUGACUGCUGCACCCAAACAGCACUUUCAUACCGCUGUCACUGCUGUUUACUUUAGUCGUCCAAAUAUCACUCCGACUGGACUUGGCUGGUUGGUUGCAGAAAACACAGCUAUGUGCAGCUGUGUGCGGAGCUCCAGGGCUCUGUCCCCUGUCCUGCUCCCCAGGCUGCUGCUUCCCCAGACGGGGUUCAGAUUGGCCAGCAGGGGACUCUGGACCUCUCCCCAAUGUCUGGGUGUCAGCGGAGACUCCCAGCUGCUCCCUCUGCCCAGCCAGGCCCGGGUUGUGAUCUGUGGGGGAGGUAUUGUGGGAACAUCAGUGGCCUACCACCUGGCCAAACUAGGCUGGACUGAUAUUGUGCUACUUGAGCAGGGCAGACUUGGUGCAGGAACAACCAGACUCUGUGCUGGCAUUGUCAGCGUGGCCAAACCUAUUUCCAUUGAGUGUCAAAUGGCCAACUACUCCAACAGUCUUUACCAGCAGCUGGAGGAGGAAACUGGGGUUAAAACAGGGUAUGUGAAGACAGGGUCUUUGUGUCUAGCCCAAAAUCAGGAUCGCUUCAUCUCCCUUAAGCGCUUGGCCUCAAGACUCAAGGUAAUGGGAAUCAGCUGUAACAUCAUUAAACCUAAAGAGGUGGCCAAACUUCACCCUCUAGUUAACAUUCACGACCUGGUGGGGGCGCUCCAUCUACCUGGAGAUGCUGUGGUGUCUCCACCUGAAGUUAACCAUGCCCUGGCUGUGGCUGCUGCUGGACAAGGGGUUCAGAUCCUGGAGCGAACCACUGUUCAGCAGGUUCUGGUAGAGAAGGGUCAUGUCAUGGCUGUGGAGACUGACCGUGGCUCCAUUGAGUGUGAAUAUUUUGUCAACUGUGCUGGACAGUGGGCUUAUGAGCUGGGCCAAGCUAGUGAGAUCAAGGUUUCGGUUCCUCUUCAUGGCUGCGAACACUUCUACCUCCUCACCAAACCUCUCCAAGAGCCACUUUCUCCAAACACACCAGUGGUGGUCGACAUGGACGGCAGGAUAUACGCACGACCGUGGCAGGGAGGCCUUCUGUCAGGAGGCUUUGAGAAGAACCCCAAACCUAUCUUCACUGAGGGCCGUAAUCAGCUAGAGAUCCAGAACAUGCAGGAGGACUGGGAUCACUUCGAGCCAAUGCUCAGUGCCCUGCUGAGGAGAAUGCCAGGUCUUGAGUCAGCUGAGAUCCAUCAGUUGGUCAACUGCCCAGAGUCCUUCACCCCUGACAUGCGCUGUCUGAUGGGGCAGACACCGGGUGUGUCUGGCUACUAUGUGCUUGCAGGGAUGAACUCCUCAGGCCUGGCCUUUGCAGGAGGAGCUGGCAAGUACCUGGCAGAGUGGAUGUCCUAUGGCUACCCCACUGCCAAUGUCUGGCCGCUGGACAUAAAACGCUUUGGCAACUUGCAGAGCAGUCGAACUUUCCUGCGACACAGAGUGAUGGAAGUCAUGCCACUGCUGUAUGAACUGAAGGUUCCUCGGUGGGACUUUCAGACUGGGCGUCAGCUGAGGACCAGUCCUCUGUAUGAUCGUCUGGACACCCAGGGGGCUCGAUGGAUGGAGAAACAUGGCUUUGAAAGGCCCAAAUACUUUGUUCCUCCAGGAAAAGAUCUGCUAUCUCUGGACCAGAGUAAAACCUUCUACAAGCCAGACUGGUUCGACAUUGUUGGAGCGGAAGUGAAAUGCUGCAAAGAGGCGGUCUGCGUCAUUGACAUGUCCUCCUUCACCAAAUUUGAACUGACUUCAACAGGGGACCAGGCUUUGGAGCUGCUGCAACACCUGUGUGCCAAUGACCUAGAUGUUCCUGUUGGACACAUCGUCCACACUGGCAUGCUGAAUGAGAGGGGAGGCUAUGAGAACGACUGCAGUGUGGUUCGCCUCAGCAAGAACAGCUUCUUCAUCAUCUCUCCGACUGACCAGCAGGUCCACUGUUGGUCCUGGAUUAAGAAACACAUGCCCAAUGACCCACACCUCCACCUAGAGGAUGUCAGCUGGAAGUACACAGCUUUAAAUCUAAUUGGACCACGUGCAAUGGAUGUUCUGGCUGAGCUGUCAUAUGUUUCCAUGACCCCUGACCACUUCCCCUCCAUGUUCUGUAAGGAGAUGAGUGUGGGCUAUGCCAAUGGGAUCAGAGUGAUGAGUAUGACCCACACUGGAGAACCAGGUUUCAUGCUCUACAUCCCAAUAGAGUACGCGCUGCAUGUGUACAACGAGGUGAUGUCAGUGGGUCAGAAGUAUGGCAUUCGGAAUGCAGGGUACUACGCACUGAGGAGCCUACGCAUAGAGAAAUUCUUUGCCUUCUGGGGGCAGGACCUCGAUGCCUUCACAACCCCGCUGGAGUGUGGACGAGAGUUCAGGGUCAAAUUUGACAAGGACACCGAUUUUCUUGGUCGUGAGGCAUUGCUGCAGCAGCGCCAGGAUGGUGCAUCUCGACGGUUCGUCAUGCUGGUUCUAGAUGACCAUGACACUGAGCUGGACCUGUGGCCAUGGUGGGGUGAGCCCAUCUACCGUAACAGUCUGCUAGCUGGGACGACCACCAGCAGCGCCUACAGCUACACUCUGGAGCGCCACGUCUGCCUGGGCUUCGUUUCUCCACCUCCAAGCCCCGAGGGGCUUCCCACACCCAUCACUCCUGACUUCAUCAACCGUGGGGACUACGAGGUGGACAUUGCUGGCCAGCGUUACCCAGCCAAAGCCAAACUGUACCCUUUCAGCUCACUCUUCACCCAACAAAAGCGCCGCAAGGAUGACAUGGAGCUCAGCAACCUCCAGGGGAAGUGAUGCACAGCACAAGAAAACCUUCCUCGUGACACUCCUUCAGCUCACCAAAUCCACUCCUGCUCUUACCUCGCGGUGCCAACAUUUCUUUCCUGUUAUUGCUCCUAAUGAGAGGGCCGUAUGCACAAUCACUCGUCUCACUAAUAUUUAAUUUCCAUGUUGCAUCUCUCUCUUUUAAAGUGCAAUAUUUAAGAUUCACCAAAUGCUUGAGUUAUAUCAAAUACAGAGCUCCUUUCUCUUUCUAUUCUGCAGCUGUUUUCCAGCUGUGCCCUGCUUCACCUUCAAACACAGUCCACACAGUCUCAUGGCUGCUUUACUGACAGUCCAUGGUCAAGUGCCUUUGCCAAGGCAAGAUCAACACUAGCUGUUGAGGACUGCUUACUUUGUUCACUUUAAGGCAUCCAGGAGGGAUUUUAACAGACAAUCUUCUAUAUUAGUGUUCUGGACACUGUAAAGCUUCCACGCUGCACUGCACACUCCACUGUCUGGAUGAGUCAAAGAACGUUCAUUAGUGAUGUGCAAACGCUUACAAGUCAAUGUAGUUGUUGACUCUGUUGUCAGUCUACGAACUGUAAGUUUGCUGCUGUAAAGGAUAUGAGCGAUGUGAUGUGGCUAACUCAGAUACUUUAUACUUCCCACUACAUUAUACUGGACAAUGAAGGAAAACAUCCUUUUCAGUCAAGGGAGAAAGGUCCAGAAAGCAUCAAGAAGCCUGGAAUAAUGAGUAAACCUGUGUUGUGUGUGACUCCAAUCACUCCGCUUCCAGUCAUGUUCAAAAGGCUUCCCCGGCUGUCCCAAAAGCCCCAGAGCAAAACAAAACGACUUGUUUUUCCCUCGGAAAUGUCUCCAUCAUCAUCUGUAAGCUGCUCGUGUGUUUUUGCUGUGUGGAGCUCGUGGUAUAAUGUAUUUACAGUAAUGUAACCUGACCUGGUAUUUAUGUUUUGUGGUCGUUUUGAGACAUCGUUGCACUUUUGAUGCUCAAGUUUAGUUUUCCUAAUAUUUUGUUGAAUGUGUGGCUGAUGUUAGGUGAACGAUAGUGAGGGAAAACAGGAAGGGAGAGGAAAUCUGCAACUCGAGCUGUAAUCCCUGACUUGUUUGGAGUCCAAGAUAUCUUACAUUGGUGAUUUGAGCUUGUUUGAUCCAGAGUUUAGAUGUUUGUGUAAAGAAAGAACUUCACUCCGAUUUGAAAUAAAACUGUGUAUUUUUGUAUAGCUAGUGUGUAUAAAAUCUCUAUUUUCAGUACUGCACUUUUUUCUAUAUCGGUUCUGAGUGACAUCAGCUUAGUUUUUAGUUAACUCCUGCAGCUGUCCUUCUGCUCGUGCAUCAUUUCAAACGUUUUCCAGAUUUUCCUGCACAUGUAAAUAAUUAUCAGCAGCAACAGGUGCAUGAAUGUACAUCUUAAGGUAUUUUUUUCUAUCCAACCACCUUCAGAGGUCUGGCAGAGCUACAGAGCAGCAGGUCUGGAGCUGGAAAGUAUUUAAUGUCACUCAAAGACACUUCGGCAGCAGUGCAGAUAUGAAAAGUAAAGGUCAGUGAACGAGACAGAUGAAAGUUAAUUUCCUCACACUUGGGAAAUAGUCCUCACCUAUUUACUUAGCGUGUUUCUAAUAAUCUGAGAGAAGAUUGACUGCAAGCUUUUGUCACAUCCUGUAGUUAUAUUAGUAUGUUUUGAUAAAUUGCACUAUAUGAUAACAGAUCACUUUAGUCAGUCCUACUCCUAGCUGUAUAUAUAAAAAAAUGUUUCAAGUGACUACAUUUGGUUGAGAGGAGUAGAAAAUCUAAUGUGAUUAUUGUUCUCAGUUUGUAAUUUAUUUGGUUGGAAAUGACAGAUUUGUUCUUUUAAUUAUUUGCUCUGUUUUAAUACAAGACAUAUUUAUCAACUUUUUGGAAAAUCCUUUUGAACUCCAUACCUUUAGCAGAUGGUUUGUCUGGAACACUUUUACCUCUGACAGCUAAAUGGCAUGUCUUUCAGUUUGGAUAUUUCAGCUGCCAUGUUGAUACAGCAAAACUAUAGAAAGCCUCAUCAACAUCUCUGGCUUGUACUACAAAAGUGUACAGAUUUAGUAUACAGAUCGCAUUGUCAAGGAGCCAGUCUUAACUGCAGGACAAUAAAAGUGCAAUUGUGUGAAUUUCCCAGCAUGUGACUGGUGCUGUGCUUAGAUAGAUGCAGUACAGUGGCUAUGAGUCUACCACUCAGACGUUGCUAGUGAAGGGCUAACUUUCUUCUUGUGUCAUCUUUGCAAAAAGUUGUUCAUAUCAAAUCAAGCAACUGUAUUGUGAGAGGCAGCAUUUGGAGUCUUUGUAUAACAGCACAGUCUGGAUUUAGUCAGUUUCAGUUUUGUUACUGUAUAGCCCAUUAAGUCUGAUGUCUGAAGCGCAGUGCCCAGUUUAUGUGGGGGCACAUUUUAGACUUUUCAUUUCUACAAUUUAGGGUCACUUUUCUCCUAUCAUUAUAUCAACAAGGUUGUGUUAAAGUUAUGAUACAUUUCUAAAAGAGCAGUAGAUUCUGUGUGAAGAAGACUUCAUAAACAUGGUCACAUGACCUUGCAACUGUUGGAAUUUAUUUUGUAAUCUGUCCACUAACUGCAUAGAACCUUAUAUGGUAAAAAGGGAAGUGGUCACAAACAUUUGCUCUAAUUGAAGGCCAUCUGUAUGAGGCCACAGGCUUUCUAUACAAGUCCGAAACUGGAAUUUCACUGUUUAUCUGCAGUUCAAAGGUUAAAAAAAUGUAAAGCCACAACUUAAAUAUAUCAUCCAAAAGGUUUUAAAACGUAUGGUAAGGCAUACAAAAUGAAAGUCUGUCUCAGUGUUCAAACACAAAGGCACUCAACAAAAUGGAUAGUGCUUUAGUGCAUGCUUGUUUCCAUUUGAACACUUCUUACACUGAUCUGUCAAUGCCAGCUUUUCCUGCAGAGCUUUACAUUGAUGUAUUUAUACCAUGUUAAAGAGAUGUUUGGCUGUCUAAUGUGCUGAAAGUAAAAUAUAUAAAGAGAACUUUGUUCAUUCAAGAA